GGCGGACCACCAGAGAACGCCAGUGUCUCUUUGCUUGUUUCACUGUGUACGUGGAGCCCGUUUUGUAAUGGCAGCAGUGACCGAAGAGCUUAAGGACUGUGCUUGAGGUUGUGAAGAGAAGACUCCUUCAUUCUGCCUCACUGGUGGUGAAAAGUAACCGUGGAGCGGUGAGGUUGGAUGAGUGCAGGAGCCGAGCAACUCCGCCCUGGCCAGACGGGCUUCCUCCGCUCGUGCGUGACCUGUGGCCUCUGGCUGCUGCUGUUCCCGUUGAGCUGGACCCCUGUUCUGAUUUCUUUUGUGACCCUGUCACAUAGGACAGCGCGCACCGCAGUGUCCUGAAGGACAGGCGCAGCAUGCUCGAGUGAUGUUCAGAAGUCACCUGUGCGGGCGUGUCCGGGAACCAUGCAGCCCACAGGACACCGGCUCCGAGAUGUCGAGCACCAUCCCCUCCUGGCUGAAAACGACAGCUAUGACUCUGCCUCUUCUUCCUCCUCCGAGGCCGAUGCCGUGGACAGGGUGUGGUUCAUCCGAGACAGCUGUGGCAUGGUCUGUGCCGUCAUGACGUGGCUCCUGGUGGUCUACGCAGACUUUGUGGUGACAUUCGUCAUGCUGCUGCCUUCCAAAGACUUCUGGUACUCUGUGGUGAACGGGGUCGUCUUCAACUGCCUGGCGGUGCUGGCGCUCUCCUCGCACCUGAGGACCAUGCUCACUGACCCCGGGGCGGUGCCCAAAGGGAACGCCACGAAGGAGUACAUGGAGGGCCUGCAGUUGAAGCCGGGUGAGGUCAUCUACAAGUGCCCCAAGUGCUGCUGCAUCAAGCCCGAGCGCGCCCACCACUGCAGUAUCUGCAAAAGAUGCAUCCGGAAAAUGGAUCACCACUGCCCGUGGGUGAAUAACUGCGUAGGAGAAAAGAACCAGAGAUUCUUCGUGCUCUUCACCAUGUACAUAGCCCUGGCCUCAGUGCACGCGCUCGUCCUCUGCGGCCUGCAGUUCAUCUCCUGUGUGCGGGGACAGUGGACCGAGUGCAGUGACUUCUCCCCUCCGAUAACCGUAAUCCUGUUGGUCUUCCUGUGCCUUGAGGGUCUGCUGUUUUUCACAUUCACUGCAGUGAUGUUUGGCACCCAGAUCCACUCAAUAUGCAACGAUGAAACGGAAAUCGAGAGACUGAAAAGCGAGAAGCCCACGUGGGAGCGGAGGCUUCGGUGGGAAGGGAUGAAAUCCGUCUUUGGGGGCCCUCCCUCACUCCUAUGGAUGAACCCCUUUGUUGGCUUCCGGUUCAGGCGACUGCAAGCCUGGCCCAAGAAAGGCGGCUCUGAGUUCUCGGUGUGAGCCUCCUUGUGGGCUGUGACUUGCCUGUGGACCCGGCCAGUUUGGCUCUGCCAGCCCCAUGACCAGGAGGGCAGGUGGGCACAGGUUGCAGUGGCCAGCAGAUGGGUGUGGCCACGUUGGCCCGAGAGGAAGCCGGCGAGAGCCUUCCUGCAUGCCGGGGCCGGGUGAGGAGCAGCUCCGGCUGCAUGCCUGCUGGCCCUGCAGGGAAGCCUGCUGGCCCGGUGACACCAGCACACUCCCUGAGCAGAGGGGCGUCUCCACGGAGACCUCAGCCUCUGAGCCCAGGCCCUGCGCACCGAAGGUGCAGACAGCCGGCGCGCUGAGGGCGAAGGCAGUUUCCAGAACACUCCGGGCCCGGCCGACAGCGCCCCUCCCAGCCCGUCUGUGCGCCCGUCUGUGUGUCUGUGCACGUGUGCGGUGUGUGCCUGUGUGUCCAAUCGGCAGUGUUGUUUCCACAGUGUGGUAUUUAGCAGCUGUGUACAGCAAUCAAGCUAUUUUUCAGAAGCCGACGUUUCAGGGAAGAGGGGCAAGCUGUGCGGGUCCCCCGCGCUGUCUAUGAAUGUAUUCCCAGCUGGACAGUGUCUUGAUCCAAAGAACAGCCACCCUGUGCGGCCCUGAGACGCCCGCCCAUGGAUUUCCCGGCAGGAGCCCGGAGCCGGCCUGUGGUCCCAGCCGAGCUGGCAGUGUCUGCCCAGUCCUGGUGUGAGGAGAGCCGGCCGCACAGUACAGGGAGGG